AUGGACCGGCUAUUGGUCUCAGGGAGCAUCGAAUAUGCCGUGGUGGACGUCAGGCAGCGGGAGCGCGUCGAGCACACCGACUCCGGCACCCUUGCCAGCGUCAACAUCUUUACCGUCGUGGCCACCUAUGCCUCCGCCCGCCUCCAGCCCGGCUACACAACCUUUGCCACCGCCGCCGCCACCGUGCAAUACACAGCCGGAGCCAGCCAAUGCAACAAGCACACCGACGACAUCGGCAACCACGGCACGGAGGACCCUGACCACUAUGAUACGAACCUUGUAUUCAAAGCAACCUUGAAGAGGACAAUAGAGCCAACAGCUUGGAGCCGUGCCAAAGGACUUGCAGGCAUGGACGUCCGCGAUGUCACCGUUGCGCAUCUUUGCAGGCAUGGCAUGGAGGAAUUUGGACUUCGAGGACUUUCCCACGGCAAGUUCACCGGCAUGAUUUUGACCCGCAACAUCGCCGAGAGCGUCCUCCUCUCCCAGCUCCAGAAGAAGCUCCGCGAGAGCAACAUCGACGUGGAUGCCACCAUCGACGCCAUCCACCAAAGCAAAGGACAAAAAGCCCCUGACAAGGUGAAAGAGGCCAUCACCUUUGUUGCGCCCCUCGUCGACACCAUCAUGGAUGCCAUAAAACCUUGGGCACAGGUACGCAACUACGGCGCCAAGAACACCGAGGGCGACAACCAAGCAGCUCAGCGCAUGCAAGCCUUGGAGGAGCAGACCGCCAAGUACAAACAACGCCUACGCAGUGCCGGCAUCGACGUCACCCCCCAGAAGUCCCUCCCACUGCAAAAUGAGCCAAAUGAAGGCCCAGAAGCAACGGCGGCACCACCAAAGCGCAGACGCCUCACAAAGGGAGCCAUCAAGCAGCGCAACGAGGAUAUCCUCGCCGAGCCCCACAACGUGAUCCGUGCCAGUGGACAAGAACCUCCGACAAGUAUGACAUCAAUUGCAACUUGGAUCACUAACCUCAAGAAGAGCCUCCCCCGAGAAAAGCAUGCGGAAGUGGAUAAUCACAUACAGUCCGUGCAGACCAUCCUCGAAGGCGCCAAAUACACCAAGGCCGAGCUACAGGAGAUGGCUACGAGAUGGGGACUUCCCAUGUCCCUCACUACAGCGCCAAAGGCUUCACCCAAAAACCUUCAGCAGCUGAUCGCCGCCGUCACCUACCUCGCCCAACUAAAAGAGCGAAUGCGGCAAUCGCCUGCAGCAGAGCAACUAAAAGAGCGACUCCGAGAAAAAGGUGCGGUUCCAGAACUCUACACGUUCGAGAAAUUCUCUCAGCCCUGUGCAGUGUACGUCAAACUUGUAUUCCCCAGGCUCAACAAGCAAACCUAUGCGACUGCUACCAGAGACGCAUCAUUUUGCUACAUCGGAUCCACCAACAUCACGGUGGCCAAGAGAGAGUACAACAGAGUCGCAAAACUUCGUCAACUACAACAACUCAAACUUCCCAAAACCGAGAUCGCCAUUCGUUAUUGGAACGAUUCCCAGACCUACCAGCACUACAGCACCAUCCUCCUUUCGCAGCACUCGGAGUAUAUUGACGCCUGGGCCGAAGAACACAGCCUGAUUCAGAGAUGGCAGCCCAAGCUGAACUACCCGUAUGUCACGAAGGAGCUGGUCAAGAAGGCGCAUGGCUUGCAGGCGCAAUUCUGGAAGCUCUUGUACGCCAUAUCAAGCGACACCAAGCAAGAAUUUGAGGCCUCCAAGGAGCUACGCAGUGGCAAACAUGACUCCGAAACAGUUACCUUGCUCUACAGACUCGCCAACCACAUGGAGCAGCCAUGGAGAUCAAAAGCACGAGCCAGACUACGCAAAGUCCUGCAGUUCAAGAACGCAUCGAUCCCAAAGCACAACAAGCCCCUGAAAGUCCCUCUACUUGCACAUGCGUCGCACCGCACCAACCUCGAAAAGUACCUGGUGCGACUCAGCAGGACACACAGACAUGUGCUUAUACCGUACCAUCUACCAACCAAGACGGUCCAGGAGGCAACGCACCCCUCUCUCGAGCGAGCUCUUUGGAACCACAAGCGGAAAGUCACCGAUAUGGGCAGACACUGGAAGCCUACAGAAUGUCAGUGCGCCCAAUUCAUCAAGCAACACCCGCGAGCACAAGUACAUGAAGGACAUGUGGUCACGGGCUUGGAAACCUUACAACUACACAGCACAAACCAGAUUUUUCAGAACAUUGGGGCCGGGAACGCUUUCUACUCCUCCAAGAAGCGUAUCAAGAAGCAGCACCAAGAACAAUUCCAGCGAUGGCUCAAGCACCACCAAUUUCCUCGAGAUCAACGCAUACUCGACGACUUUGACGACUUCUUCGAGCAGGAGUGGAAGCAACACAGACUACAGCUUCAACGAGAGCCACGACUCACGCACAGAUUAGCAAAGAACAUAUUGGGCAUGAUCCCUGACGAUUACAUUGUGCACAACGAGGACCACGCCAACGCGCACCUCAUGAUCUACUGCCCGAACAUCUACAACCAAGCAGCCUACAACACUUGGAUGGACAAACAAACAUUCAGAAUGUUAGAUGCCGACCCUGCCGAGAUCAAGCAAGCCAUGCAAAACAACACCCCCAAGAUCGUCGCCAAGCACUACACCAAGCUCCUCGCCUACGAAAAGCCCCUUCCGUAUGGAUAUAUCCUCAUGAGACGGAAAAAGAGGUGGGCAAAAGGGAGGACUAUUAUCGCGUAUAGCAACACGUGCAUCGGCAAACUGCUGAAGAUCGCGGCGCUAGCAUUACAACAGAUGUUGAGGAUAACCUGGCCUAACCAUUUUGGUGACGUCAGCUCGCCACAACUAUGGGAGGAAAUACACCAACUUUUCUACAACAACGAGCACCUGUACCCGGAGAGGCACUUGAAAUUUCUCAACCACGAUCUGGUCGGCUUCUUUAAUUCGAUACCACAAUCCGACAUCCUACAAAGCAUCCAAUUCCUCACAUCUCAGUUCCUUGACGAGCACAACGCCACCAUCACCGUCGAUCCGCACAACAAGAUCGCACCAGCGCAUUCAGGCCGCUCAACAUACAGCCUGAAGUCCAACAUGGUCAAGGUGCAGGCAGAACACAUACCAGCCAUCAUCCAGUUCAGCUUCGACGCGUGUGCUUUCACAGCCAUUGGGGAGGUCUUCCAGCAGACAUGCGGCACUUCGAUGGGAAACCAAAUCAGCCCCAUCCUCUCCACGUGCGCAAUCGUGGCCACAGAAAUCACAUGGCUACGGAUGUAUGGUCAAUUUGUCAGCAGCGCCCACCUCCACGACAAGUUCUGGAUCCGCAGGUACGUCGACAACAGAGCCAUCAUAGUCGAUGAAGAUGAACUUCAGCACAACCCCUUCAUCCAGCAGCUUGCAUCCCUGCAAUUCUACAAGAAGCCAGUACAACUUGAAGACGAAGCGUGUGACGAUUUUCUGGGAUUUCGCAUUCACGCAGACAAUCGCAAAAUCACGUACAAUCUUCACCGAGAGCCUUGGAGAUACAGACUCCCCCAGUCAGCCGGAACUACAAAGUUACGCCUCAGCGGGUAUCACAGCAGAAAGCAUCUCAUCCGCACCAGUGCCUACCCGGAAGAUGUAGCCCAGAGACAACUCCAAGAACUGGACGACCUCUACGGUGACUUGGGAUAUGCGCGCCUUCUGAAAAUUCAACAGAGCCAGAGACUUGCAGGCAUUAGCAGGUGCAACGUCUUAGCCCCUCUGCUUCGUUUCUUUCAGCCCUUUCAGCGCUGUAACACUUUUCUUCAGUUUUUUGGUUCAAGCCUUACGUUGGUAGGAUUUAGGGUUAAAAUGACCAAAAAGCAACGCAUCAAUGGAGCUGCAAGCGCCGCAGAGCUCACCGACAUCGACACCGAUUCCGAGGCCGCAGAAUAUGUCGUCAGACUACCACAUGGACUACCGCUGGACAUGAGUGCACCCGAAAGUUCAACAGCAAAAGACGAUCCAGUAGAGCAAGAGUGCCAACUACUCCUCCAACAAAGAUACAUUCCCUUCGAGCUCUUCCCAAGGCUAUCCGCCCAGCUCAACUCCGAAUUCCUCCGAGCUUCGGCACUUACAAAAGCAGGCAGAAGAACAACGUCAUAUACAGUCGGCGCCUACUACCACGCCGGCAGCACCGGAGUACGCACAAACACGAGGCAAAGACCGUGGACGGCAGCGCUAAUGGCAUACCUGGUACGAGCAUGCACCCAUACUACAUUCUCGACUGUAUCCUUACUUCGCAACGUGCACAUGCGUACGCACCGAGACAAGUACAACAAGCCAGGAAGCCUCAACAUCGUGAUUCCGGUCUCGACUUUCAGACAAGGACACCUAUGGGUUGAAGAAGACGACGGACCUGACCUAUCCCCAAAUGGACAACAUCACGGUCGCAACCUUGAAGUCAAACUGCCCGGAAUCGAGUUCAGUCCAUUCAAGCUCCAUGGCACGUGCCCAUGGAAAUCCGACCGCCUGAUCAUCUCGGCCUACACCACCAACCGCAUCGAGGACAUUUGCAGAGAAGACAAACGCUACCUUCGCAUGCUUGGCUUCAACCUCACAUAA